GCCUCACGUUGGCUCAGUGUUGCAGUGAAAUUAGCCCGGUUAGCAGCUCUGUUGCUAAGCUCAAACUGAACUCUUCUAGUUCAUGAAAUCAGAAACGAGGUGAUCUAUAAUUUAGUCAAAAUGUCUGGUAGUGCAGGAGAAUGGUGCCUGAUGGAGAGCGACCCCGGGGUGUUCACGGAGCUCAUAAAAGGCUUCGGCUGCAAAGGAGCGCAGGUGGAGGAGAUCUGGAGCAUGGAGCCGGAGAACUUUGAGAACCUAAAACCGGUGCAUGGACUCAUUUUCCUCUUUAAGUGGCAGGCCGGAGAGGAGCCAGCGGGCUCCAUCGUCCAGGACUCUCGACUCGACAGCAUCUUCUUCGCAAAACAAGUGAUAAACAACGCAUGUGCUACUCAGGCCAUCGUCAGUGUGCUGCUCAACUGUUCUCACCCUGACAUCGAGCUUGGAGACACGCUGUCUGAGUUCAGGGAGUUCUCUCAGAGCUUUGACGCCGCUAUGAAAGGUUUGGCUCUGAGCAACUCCGAAGUCAUCCGUCAGGUGCACAACAGCUUUGCCAGGCAGCAGAUGUUUGAGUUUGAUGCCAAGUCUUCGUCCAAAGAUGAAGACGCGUUCCAUUUUGUGAGUUAUGUUCCUGUGAACGGGCGCCUGUAUGAGCUGGACGGGCUCCGAGAGGGGCCCAUAGACCUGGGUGUUUGUAAUCAGGAUGACUGGAUCAGCGCGGUGCACCCGGUUAUAGAGAAGAGGAUACAGAAGUACAGUGAAGGAGAGAUCCGCUUUAACCUCAUGGCCAUCGUCUCAGAUAGAAAAAUGAUCUAUGAACGCAAAAUCACAGAGCUGCAGACACAACUUACAGAGGAUGAGCCGAUGGACACGGACCAGAGCAGCUCGUUCGUCAGCUCAGAAAUCGCCAAAUACCAACUGCUUAUUGAGGCUGAGAAUCAGAAACUACAGAGAUAUAAGAUCGAAAAUAUCCGACGGAAACACAACUACCUUCCGUUCAUCAUGGAGUUGUUGAAGACGUUAGCAGAGUACCAGCAGCUAAUGCCUUUGGUGGAGAAGGCAAAAGAGAAACAAAGCUCCAAAAAAGCACAAGAGGCCAAAUGAAGUUGCACGUUUAAACCAACAUCAUCAUCACACCCACGUGUUCAGACAACUCCUAGACCCAAGUCCUAGACAGAGCUGCUCCUACUGUGUCCAUCUGAAUAUUAGUCCCAAAAUGUACCACAAUACAAAGGCCAUACAACUAGUGGAGCUUGGACAUUUUCUAUUCUUUGGUCAACACAUAAACAACAAAAUGUAAACUAGUUUACAUGUACAAAGAGCUGUUAACGGCACUGUACUUCAAAAACGUGAACUAGUUGAUUUUAAAUAGUCUGCAGUGGUCCUCACUUACCUUAUGCAUCCCGAGGAUCCUAAUUUUUUUCUGGUUCUCAGUUAAUCAAACUCUAAUUAGAAGCAGACACCACGUAGCUGUCUUAUUUUGACCUCAAGAGCUGUAAUACAUACAUGUACUGGGACGACAAAAAUUUUGCACCAGUACGUGGGGGAAAAAAAAGAAGUCAGGUGCAGGGGCUUUAAUACUAUUGAAAUGUCCAUAUUCCACUUUGUAACAUAAAAUCAGCAAACAUUUACAGUUUUGUCCAUAUUGUCCCAGCUAUUAUCACAUGAACAUUGUCGGAUGGAUAAAUAUAUGUAUUUUGUAAGAAAAGAUAAGCACUUAAUUGUAACAAUGUAUGAGAAAUUACACACUUGAGAACGCACACUUGAACUGUGAAUAUGACUAAUGAAAUGAAAUGAAAUGUGUAAUGUAUCUUGUUUAAGUUUUGUUUGUGUAAUUCCUUGUGGUAUCAAGUGGUCAAACAAGUGCUUCUCCACGUUUUAAAAGUCCACUCAACUACUCCACCAUUUGACCAUUUCCAUAGAUAAAUUUUUGAAAACCGUCUUUAUGAAGCUACAUUGUGAGACUAAUAUUUGUUGAACUUGUACACUGCAAAAUAUAUCUAUAGUUAAUUAUGUCUUGAAUUUUGAAUAUUAAAAUAGUAAUAGUGAUUUAUUUAAAGAGGGGAUAUUAUGCAAAAAUGUUUUUUUAUUAUUUUUUUUAAGCUUUCUACCCUAUGAAAGAAACACUAGUGUUUGGCAAUCUCUCCCAGGCCCUGUUCGAAUUAUCUGUUAAGAUUCUGUCCAGUGCUCAGUCCACAAGCCUACGUCAUCUAUAUUCCUACACAACAAUUCUCCAUAAAUAGAAAAUUACAUGAUAAACCUGAUGCGAUAUGCAGUAGUUUCAUUAGUGGGGUGCACACCUGUGAUAGUGUUCUGAAGGUAGAGUGGUUGUGUAGAAAAUGCUCUGUUAUGUGUUAUGUGCAGUUAAUACCCUAUAAAAGUAAAGUACUCCUUCUUUAAAGGUCCUAUAUCACACAAAACUGACUCUUGAGAACUUUAAGCCACGUUCUCAUGCUGUUACCUCCUCAAAAACAUACCUGGAAUUGUGUUUUGUUUCAUUCACACAUCUUUGAGUAACCCUUUAUUACUAGUCUGUCAGAAUCUCCAAAGCUCAAAAUGCUCUGUUCCAUAGACUUUUACCUUUUGUCUAGUAGCAAUUGGCAUUUCCAGGGCUGAAAUGAUCCAGAUGAUUCUAGGGAAGGUGUGUGGAGUUUAAAAGCAGAGUGGACCACUUCCUGUAUUACCACAUGACAUCACAAGGUGGAACACAGUGUUUUCUAUUUGAGAGUAGAACUCGGCCUAAAAAUGCUGAUUUGUGUGUUAAACGUGUGAAUGAAACAAAACACAACAUCAUAACAGAACAGAAAAUGGUGAAAUGUUGUCCAUUUAAGACAUUGUAAACUGUUUUAGUGUAGAUUUUUUGUUGAACCUGAAGUUACAAUGAGUGGUUUCAAUAUUUUUUUUUCAUUUCAAGCAAUAUCUAUCCAUUCAUUUUUUUAUAUAUUAUUUUUGUUUCAUUUUGUGAGUUUCUGAAAUUUCUCCACUGACACAUUUCUUGAAAUUUGAGGAAAAAAAAUUAAGUUUGACCAGUCAAAUGAGGGAGGAACACAUUUAAGUUUGAACUUUAAGCCCUGCACUCUUCGUCCUUUGGGCCACUGAUAUUGCACCAUGACAGAGAAACUGGGAUAGUAUCAUGUGCAGUAGUUCUCUGCUAAUUGCUAAUCUCUCCUACUAUUUGUUUUUUUGUCACUCUUGAGAAUGAACCAUGACUGAGAACCAAGUGUCUGGGACAGGGUCAGGCAGCUGGUUUCCCAUGAUUCUUGUUUUAUAUUAAUUGUAUAGAUUGUUGUUUUUUUUCCUUUUUUUGCAGUGUAGGGUAUGCUCUCUCUUGGACUAAGUCUCUUAAUGUAAUGGUAACCCAGGCAACCAUCCAAACCUGCAUGUUUAGCAUAGACUAUAUACAGUCUAUGAUGUAGUUUAUAUAAGCUUUUACCGCAUGAACGAAGGAGAGAUGUUGAGAUUCUGUUCUGUCUUAUUUUCGUAAUAAAAUGUAUCAAUGUUUU